AUGGUGCUCAGUAAAAGUCACAUUUUCUUUCUUGUAGCUUUGAUUGCUGCCAACUUGAUUUUCGGUCAAGAAACAACAAAUUCACCUAAUGAUGCAACUACAUCUGGGCCGCAACAAAAUACACAAGUCGAUGCCAACCAGGCUGGUGAAGGGGACGGCUCUUUUCAUAACAGAUUCUUUUUCUUUACUCGCUUUGUAGGCUGUAACUCAACCGCUCAGGCUGGACGUACUUGUGCCAGUUGUAGGCAAACUUUGCUUUGUUUGUCAAACAAUAUUGGAAUAUUAAAAACCUGCCAUGGCUUUCUUCCUUACUGUAACGGAGGCCGUUGCUCUUACAUUGGUGGUUCUGCUUGCAAUAGUACGACUUCUGGAUAA